AUGGAGUUUUCUUCUUGGUUGGUUGUUUUAGCAAUGGCAUUGCUAGCUUCUCUACUCUUAUUAUUCUCUAAAAAAUCCGAUUUUCAAUAUCACAAGCGAAAAUCUCCACCAGGUCCUACACCUUGGCCUAUCAUAGGAAAUCUAGACCUUAUUGGUCCACUUCCUCACCAAUCCCUUCACAAAUUGUCUCAAAAAUAUGGACCUAUUAUGCAACUCAAGUUUGGAUCCUUUCCUGUUGUGGUUGCCUCAUCAGCAGAAGUGGCAAAACAAUUCCUAAAGACACAUGAUCAUGUCUUUGCCUCUAGACCCCAAACUGCUGCUGGCAAGCAUACUACUUAUAACUAUCUCAAUAUCACAUGGGCACCUUAUGGACCAUAUUGGCGUCAAGGGCGUAAGAUAUACCUCUCCGAGCUCUUUAGCUCAAAACGACUUGAGUCCUAUGAGUAUAUUCGUGUUGAAGAAAGACGUGUUUUUAUGUCACGCCUUUGCAGCAUGUCAGGGAAGCCAAUUAUGCUAAAAGACCAUCUUUCGCGUCUUACUCUAAGUAUUAUAAGCAGAAUUGUAUUAGGCAAGAAGUAUUUUAGUGAGUCCAAAGAUGAGACUUCAAUAGUUACACUAGAAGAGUUCCAAGAAAUAUUAGAUGAGUUGUUCUUGCUGAAUGGGGUGUUAAAUAUAGGAGAUUGGAUACCAUGGAUCGAUUUCUUGGACUUGCAAGGGUACGUUAAGCGAAUGAAGGCUUUAAGGAAAAAGCUCGAUCGAUUCCAUGACCAUGUGUUUGAUGAACACAAGGCAAGGAGGGAAGGAGAGAAAGAUUUUGUGCCCAAGGACAUGGUGGAUUUACUGUUGCAGAUGGCUGAUGAUCCUAAUCUUGAUGUUAAGCUCACCUAUGAGAGCGUAAAAGGGUUUACUCAGGACCUAAUAGCUGGAGGCACAGAUACCUCUGCAACAACUGUGGAAUGGGCAAUGUCUGAACUCUUAAAGCAACCACACCUCAUCAAAAAGGCCACUGAGGAGCUUGAUAGAGUAAUUAGGAGAGACAGAUGGGUGGAAGAGAGAGACAUUCCACAACUUCCUUAUAUUAAUGCAAUUAUGAAAGAGACAAUGAGAAAGCACCCUGUGGCUGUAUUACUUGCACCACAUUUAGCUCUUGAAGAUUGCAAUAUAGCUGGUUAUGAAAUCCGCAAAGGUACUAGAAUUUUCAUAAACACAUGGAGUGUAGGGAGAAAUCCUUCAAUAUGGUAUGCACCUGAAGAGUUUUGCCCAGAGAGAUUCUUAGGUAAGGAUAUUGAUGUGAAGGGACAAAAUUUUGAGCUAUUGCCAUUUGGUUCUGGGAGGAGAAUGUGCCCUGGCUACAGCCUUGGUCUAAAGAUGAUUAGCUCUAGUUUGGCUAAUUUGUUACAUGGAUUUGACUGGAAAUUACCAGACAAUAUGAAAGUUGAAGAUUUAGGCAUGGAUGAAGUUUAUGGAUUAGCAACACCUCGGAAAUUUCCACUGAUAGCAGUAGUGGAGCCUCGACUCCCACUUAAUCUUUAUUAG